AAAAAACCCAUUAUGAUGACUUUCUUAGUGCUGUGGUGUCCACAGAGAGAUUCCCUCAAAUUCCUCAUUACACCACCCAACAACAGUUCUUCAUAUUUACUCAUUUGCCCCUGCUUUUCUCCGGUUCUAUCUAUAAAUAUCACUUGCCUCUGCCACGGUUCAUAUUUUCUCUGCACUUUCCGGCGCUACCACCUUCCUAUCUCAGGCCGUAUUCCUUCAAUGGAGAUCAUGUCCAAGUCAGUGGACAGAGACCAUCAUCAUCAGUCUUUUAUGGAUUCGCCCAGAAGCAAUGUCAGCUCCACUACCGCCAAUGGUGCUCCCCAGAUUCCCACGCCUCCUCUCACCCCUACCACUCCCACUUUUCCCAGAUCUGACUCCAAUCCUUAUCCCACUACCUUCGUUCAGGCCGACACUUCUUCCUUCAAGCAAGUCGUUCAGAUGCUCACCGGUUCUUCACACCCACCAUCUCAAGAUCCUGCUUCUGCUCCUCCUCCUCCUCCGCCGUCCUCCGCCGCCAAGAAUUUCAACAUCCCUCCGGUGAAAACGGCCCCGAAGAAGCAGGGAUUCAAGCUCUACGAGAGGAGGAACAGUUUGAAGAAUAGUCUCAUGAUCAAUACUCUUGUUCCUAAUUACGCUCAUAGUUCGGGGUUUUCGUCUCCUCGCAAGCCGGAGAUCUUGUCGCCGAGCAUUCUUGAUUUUCCGUCGCUCACGCUCAGUCCCGUCACGCCGCUCAACGACGAUCCUUUUGACAAGUCAUCGCCUUCGCUCGGGAAUUCGUCGGAGGAGGAGAAGGCAAUCGCUGAGAAAGGGUUUUAUCUACAUCCCUCGCCCAUGUCCACCCCCAGAGACUCAGAGCCACAGCUUUUGCCUCUCUUCCCCCUCACUUCUCCCAGAGUCUCCGAGUCCCCUUCUUGAGCUUUAAUUGUUGUUAUGGCUGAUUCCGAUCAUAGAUUAUUGGGUUUUUUUUGAAUGAUUCUCAGAAAAAAAAAAGGGGGAAGAGGUAUAGAGCUUGGUCUAAUUGUAAAAUUGGCUUCUUUUUAUUCCAUGAAAUUGCAAAAGCCCUGCUUUGUUUCACACCCAUUGAUACAGUUCUCU